AAUGACAGAUUGAAGUAACUCAUACUCCUCUCUUUCCUCUCCCUCCGGAGACUUUCAGUAGCCAUAAACCAUACAAAAACCUCAGCACCUCCCUCUCGCAUAAAAUUUUCAUCGACAUUUAAAUAUUUAGCCUCCGCAAAAUUUUAUUCACCAUGUCUUUUCACGAGGAUCAUAUUUCUCAAGCAAUGGAGCUUCACCACUACACAGAUAAUGUCUCGAACUUUCAGUCUAUGCUGCCUGAUGAUCAUCACCUAUCUGACCACUCAUCUCCGCCUUCGGAGAUCAGUGGCAAGCCUGUGCCAACCUGGCUCAACAACGCGAUACUUAGACAACAAAACCAUCACUACACUGCCAAUGGGAGCAAUUUUUUGCACCUGCAGACUACGAAUUCUGGCUCCUCAUCAAACCAGUGGCUCUCCAGGGAGGUUCAUCCGUCGAGUGAGGCGAUGAUUGUGAUGAAUAAUCAGGAGAAGAAGCUGGAGAGUCAUGAGAAUCAGGAAAGUGGUGAAGGGGAGUGGAGAAAUGCUAAGUAUAAAGCGGAUAUACUUGGCCACCCUUUGUAUGAUCAGCUGCUUUCGGCUCACGUUUCGUGUUUGAGGAUUGCGACGCCUGUGGAUCAGCUCCCGAGGAUCGAUGCGCAGCUGGAGCAGUCGCAGCAGGUGGUGGCUAAGUAUUCUAUGCUUCAGCAGAGUAGUAGUCAGCCGCUUGAUGGAAAGGACCUCGACCAAUUCAUGACACAUUAUGUUCUAUUGCUUUCUUCGUUCAAAGAUCAACUGCAGCAACAUGUUCGAGUUCAUGCAAUGGAAGCAGUCAUGGCUUGUUGGGAACUCGAGCAGUCUCUGCAAAGUCUGACAGGUGUGGCACCUGGUGAAGGCACUGGAGCAACAAUGUCAGAUGACGAUGAAGAUCACUAUGAUACUGAAACUAAUCUGUUUGACGGAAGUCUAGACGGACCUGAUAGCAUGGGGUUUGGUCCUCUCGUCCCUACUGAAAGCGAGAGGUCCUUGAUGGAACGCGUGAGGCAAGAGCUGAAGCAUGAGUUAAAACAAGGUUACAAGAGUAAGAUCGUGGACAUCAGAGAGGAGAUUCUGCGUAAAAGAAGAGCAGGAAAACUCCCUGGUGACACCACUUCUCUUUUAAAAGCUUGGUGGCAAUCACAUUCCAAAUGGCCUUACCCAACAGAGGAAGAUAAAGCAAGAUUGGUGCAAGAGACCGGGCUGCAACUAAAGCAGAUUAAUAAUUGGUUUAUCAACCAAAGAAAAAGGAACUGGCACAGCAAUCCCUCGUCUUCAACUAGCACGAAGAGCAAACGCAAGAGGUGAUACCAGAAGUGAAAAGUUUAGUUAACGACAACAUUAGUCUGAACCCGAUGUUGGUGAAUAUGCCUCAAUCAGUAGCGCCUACACAGUAGAUAAUGAGGUGAUGUAAUUGCGCAAGCUCUAAUCAUGAGGUGUAUUACAGUGCCUGUAAAAUGAUGCUGCAGGUCCCUGCUCCGAGCAGUCGACUCAGACACAGUACUGAUUAGCGGUAGGACAAAUCUCGACUUACUGUGUUUUCAUUCGAUUUCACCAUAAAUCCUUUGUUGACGAGUUUGUAUAAAUGUGAACAAUAUGUGAUGGUUGUUUCGUAUCCCCUGGUAGCCUGAAAUGUAUUUACAAAUGCUGGCCUUAUGUUAUAUCUUACCGCCUAUUCAGGAUUAUGAUUUGUAUUUA